AUAGAUCCCAUGUCCCGCAAAGCAGAAAGAGCAGCAAAAAAAGCAGCAAAAAAAGCUAAACAAAAUAUAAUAGAAGAAGAACAAGUUCCUGAGGCUGUUCCUAUCGAAGACGAAUCUAUGAGUGUAGAUCAAGAAAAUGAAGAACAUGAAGAAGAGGAGGAAGAAGUCAGUGAAGAAGAAGAAGAAGUUAAUGAGGAAGAUAGUGAAGACGAAGAGGAAGACGACGAAGAAAAAAUACAACAAAAUAAGCAUAUUACUCGUCCCAAGAUUAAUGAUGAGGCUGCUAUGACAAGGAUUACAGAACAAUUUAAAUUGAAGAACUUACCAUGGAUCGAAACGAUGACUAUAACCUCUAGCAAACCAAUUGUUGUUGAAGAUCCUUCUGAUGAUAUGGCUCGAGAAUUAGCAUUUUAUGAACAGGCACUUGAAGCUGCAAAGAAGGGUAGAGAAUUAGUGAAAAAAGCAGGUGUACCAUUCAGUCGACCCGAUGAUUAUUUUGCGGAAAUGGUGAAGAGUGAUGAACAUAUGGCCAAGAUUCGUCAAAAGUUGUUGGAUCAAGAGGCAGCUAUAAAGGCAUCAGAGGAUGCUAAACGUCAGCGUCAACUCAAGAAGUUUGGUAAGAAGGUUCAAGUGCAGAAACAACUAGAAAGACAAAAGCGAAAAGCAGAAACACUUGAAAAGAUCAAAUUAUUAAAAAAGAAAAAGUUGAAUGAAGACUUGACAACUAACGACGACUUUGAUAUUGCUUUGGAAAAGGCGUCUAAAAAGCCCAAGGCGAAGAGUAGUUUUAAGAGCACAAAGGGCUCAAAAGGCUCCAAGGUGACCAAAUCUAAGAGAAAAUAA